GCACGUGAGGACGCCGCCCUAGGGCGAGCGUGACGGGUGGACGAGGGUCGGACUGCGAGCGCGGGAGCCGGAGGAAGCCGUGACCCUGCUGUUCUUCCGCUGGAGGCACCAUGACACCAGUGAAGACCCAGCACUCCUUGGCAGGCCAGCUUUAUGCAGUGCCACUUAUCCAACCAGAUCUUCGACGAGAGGAGGCAAUCCAGCAAGUGGCAGAUGCCCUGCAGUACUUACAGAAUAUCUCUGGAGACAUCUUCAGCAGGAUCUCCCAGCGAGUAGAGCUGAGUCGGCGCCAGCUGCAGGUCAUUAGGGAGAGGGUCUCCUUGGCCCAGGCUAAGAUAGAGAAGAUCAAGGGCAGUAAGAAGGCCAUCAAGGUCUUUUCUAGCGCCAAGUACCCAGCACCAGAGCACCUGCAGGAGUAUGGCUCCAUCUUUACUGGUGCCCUGGACCCUGGUCUGCAGAGACGACCCCGGUAUAGGAUCCAGAGCAAGCACCGCCCACUGGAUGAGAGGGCUCUUCAGGAGAAGCUGAAAUACUUUCCUGUGUGUGUGAACACCAAGUUGGAGCCUGAGGAUGAAGCUGAGGAGGGACUUGGGGGUCUUCCUAGCAACAUCAGCUCCAUCAGCUCCCUGCUGCUCUUCAACACCACAGAGAAUCUGUAUAAGAAGUAUGUUUUCCUGGACCCUCUGGCUGGUGCAGUGACAAAAACGCACACGAUGCUGGGCACAGAGGAGGAGAAGUUGUUCGAUGCCCCUCUGUCAAUCAGCAAGAGAGAAGAGCUGGAGCGGCAGGCUCCAGAAAACUACUUCUAUGUGCCAGACCUGGGCCAGGUUCCCGAGAUCGAUGUGCCAUCCUACCUACCCGAUUUGCCUGGCGUUGCAGAUGACCUGAUGUACAGUGCGGAUUUGGGUCCUGGUAUUGCCCCGUCUGCUCCUGGUGCUAUUCCAGAGCUUCCAGCCUUCCACACAGAGGUGGCUGAACCUUUCCAGCCAGACCUAGAGAAUGGAGUGUUGUUGGCAGCACCACCGCCUCCUCCUCCUCCUCCUCCUCUUCCGCCACCUCCCCCAGCUCCCACAGCGUUGGUCAGUACCCCCCAACCACCGAUGUUCCCUGAAGUGGCAACUGCAGCUGGCCAGGUUGUCAGGGAAGAAGACACUAGCAGCGGCAUGGCCCACACAGCCUCUGUUCAAGGAGCUCCUAAGGAGGUAGUUGACCCCUCCAGUGGCCGGGCCACUCUGCUUGAGUCCAUCCGCCAAGCUGGGGGCAUUGGCAAGGCCAAGCUGCGCAGUGUCAAGGAACGCAAACUGGAGAAGAAAAAACAGAAGGAGCAGGAGCAAGUGAGAGCCACUAGCCAAGGUGGAGACUUGAUGUCAGACCUCUUCAACAAACUCGUCAUGAGGCGCAAAGGUAUCUCUGGAAAAGGACCUGCCACUGGAACCAGUGAGGGGCCUGGCGGAGCCUUCUCUCGAAUGUCAGACUCCAUCCCACCUCUGCCACCCCCACAGCAGCCAGCAGGAGAUGAGGAUGAGGAUGACUGGGAGUCCUAAGAGUGUUUUGGCCCUUCUCCUACACUCGGCAGGAACAGCUGGCAGAGGCUCCUUGGCCAGCUGGGGCCUUUCAGGGCCUGUUGCCCAAGGAGGUGCAGGGAGUUGGGCAGGUGUCCCAGGCCUGUGCCUAAUUUCUCUUCAUGGAGACGGGGCCAUGUGAGCCAUCUGCUGGCUUCCCUGUUUCAUGGGACUGCUUUACCUGAUCUUUCCCUAAAGAGCUUCUUCCUUCAAAGGAUCUUGAGAGAAAACAGCAACAUGGUGGAAUAAAGAAAGUAACUGUAGACUUGAACCCAAGCCAACAGUGGCCUUUUAAUAAAUGAAGAGUAGCCAUGCGGGCUGCGGCUUCUGAGAAUGUGAA